AUGGAGCAGGCCCUCUGUGGGGGCCAGAGGACUGCCUUUGUCUCAGGGAGAGAGGUGCCCAGGGGUCUGGGCAAUGCCCCCCGGGGCAUCGCAGCAGCAGAGCCAGGGCACAGGGCCUCGGGGAGUGCUCAGCUGGACAGAUCCCACCCCCACCUUGGGGAUCUGCUCACCCAGGGCUGCUUGCAGGUGGACAGAACCGAGGGGGUCCGGAGCGGCCUGCAUCCGGCCUUCUCCAAGGUCUUCACACUGGACUACUACUUUGAAGAGGUGCAGAAGCUGUACUUUGAGGUCUACGACACCCACGGGCCCAGCAGCCUCAGCUGCCAGGAUGACGACUUGGGGGGCAUGGAGUGCACCUCGGGGCAGAUCGUGGCCCAGAAGAAGGUGACCCCAGCACUGUUGCUGAAGGUCAGCAGGAACGCCGGCAAGUCCCCCAGCAUGGUGAGGCCCCGCCUUCCACCAGCCCCGCCCCCUGCAGACCCCCACCCAUUCCUCUCCGAGGCCGGGGCCUCUGGACACCUCCCGAGGCUGGGCUGCAGCUGGGCAGGGAAGGGUGGGGUCAGACCCCUCCUGCCCAGCCGGGAGCCUUGGCGCUCUCCCUUCGCCCAGGUGAUAGCCAGAGACAUCUCUGGGAAUAAAGGCCAUGCGGAGCUCUCCCUCCUUGCCAUGAAGCUGGAUGACAAGGGCCUCUUCAGCAAGCCGGACCCCCUCCUGGAGCUGCACCGGAUCAACGAUGAUAAGAGCAAGCAGCUGGUGUACAGGACGGAGGUGGUGAAGAACGACCUGAGCCCCACCUGGCAGCCUUUCAAGGUGUCUCUGAGCAGCCUGAGCAGCCUGUGCAGCUGUGAGGAGCCUCCGCCUCUGAAGGGCCUCGUCUGGGGUUAUGACUCCCGCGGGAAGCACGACUUCAUCGCAGAAUUCUCUACCACCUUAGUGGAGAUGCAGAAUGCCUUCCGGGAGGACCAGCUGAGACGGGACUGUGUAAACCUCAAGUACACGCAGGAGAAGCGCAGUCCCAAGAACUCUGGGGUGGUCAUCCUGGCAGACCUGAAGGUGAGCCUCGGCCCAGCCUGCAGCCCCUCCCCCCGCAGUGGGUGGAAGGGGUGCUCCUGCCUCAGUUCUGCAGAGAGUGAUCCGGGCCCCUGGCUGGAGUCUGCUGACCUUGCCCUUGUGGUGGCCUCCAUAUCCCCUCUCAUUCCCCUGGGGGGGGGCUGCCAGGCUCUGGGGGCACUCAGGCCUGCCUCUGUCCUUGCUGGGGCUCGGACCCCUCAUCUUAGCCGAGCAAGGUGGAUGCGGGUGGAUGCUGGGCGCGUGUCGCGGGACCCACUUCCCUGCACCUGGGUCAACCCCGGCUCCCCCAGCUGCGGUCUCCCCAUCUAUAAGGUGUGGCUGUUCCAGUCAUCUGGUUGGUGGACUUGGAGUUUGAGUAGGGGGAGACGCAGCUGCCCUGAAGGGUCCCUGUGGCCCCAGCAAUACUACAUCCUGCUGAUCCUGACAAACGGCGUGGCGACCAACAUGGCGGACACACGUGAGGCCAUCAUGCGCGCCUCCCACCUGCCCGUGUCUAUCAUCGUGGGGGUGGGCAACGCCGACUUCACCGACAUGCAGGUCCUCGACGGCGACAGCGGUGUCCUGUGCUCCCCACGGGGCGAGCCUGCCCUUGACAUCUUGAAGUUUGUGCCCUUCUGGGAGCUCAAGAGCGCGUCCCCCGUGGCGCUGGCCAAGAGUGUGCUUGCCGAGGUGCCCAGGCAGCUGGUUGAGUAUUACAGACACAAGGAAUGCCUCUGAGAGACCUCGGCGAGACCAGCCCGGGCUCCACUCCGUGAGGACACACGAGGCCUGCAACCCCUGGAGGCAUGGAGCGGUGCACGUGUGCCCUGCAGCUCCCACACUGGAGCCCGGAGCUUCUCGUCAGGCUCACCAGCUCCUUCCUGGACUGAACCAAGGGCCCUCCCAGGAAUGAAAGGGUGCGGGGGCCAUUGCUUGACCAUGGGAAGGGCCAGACGGUGCAAUGGCCGCCCCGCCCCAAGCAGCCUCCUCUUGGCCAGGCUCGGGUGGGGAGCGGCUGCCUACACUGGGCUCUACGAGGACCCACUGGGGGCUGCGUGCUAUGGGCUCUGUCAGGGGAGGGUCACCACCUGCCAGCGCCUCCCAGCCCUCUGGGGGUGGAUUUCCAAUUGAGAUUUCCCCUAAAUUAUCUUGUUGGGGAGAAACAAACUGUUCCGACCCUGAAUCCAGGCCUACCCACCCUUCCAUCCAUCCACUCUGGGGGCCUAUUUUUAGCUCCUGAUUCAUCUCCCGUUCAGCGGGGAUAGUGGGCAUCGCCAUGGUAACCUGGCUACUGCUGAAUUCCAGAAGGGCCGAUACUGGUCUCUUCGGGGAUGCGAGGACACCCAAGCAGCAGCCCUUCCAUCCACAUCUGGGAGGCAGCAGGGCUGCAGAGCGGCGGUGACGUGGUCCUGAGCAGCGAGGGUGAGCCAGCAGCAGCCCAGCCACUGAGUCCUGUGGGAGUGGGUUGCCAUUUCAGCGGCAGAAAGCCGUGGACAGUUCCUGGGCCCGGCUCAGGGGCGAAGCCAGCAGAGGCUGGUCAGCUGAGCUCCCUGGGGAGGCAGAAGCCAAGAGGAAUGGGAGGGGUCCAUGCACAGCACGGGGGCAGCCGUGAUGGCCCCGGGAGCUGUCGCCUUGGUGGGCUGUAGCCCCUCCCAGAGCACGUGGAGCAGGGAGGGGGCUGAGGUGUGAGGCCCCAGCCUCUCACCUCUGGCCAACAAGAAGCAGAGAGCAGUCGGGCGUCAAGGGGGGUGGGGGGCAGCCCUCAGAGGAUGCCCUCCUGGGGCCAGAGCAGGUGUGGACGCAAGGACG